CAGGAGGAUUGCUUGAGCCCAGGAGUUCAAGAACCAAGUGUAUAAUAUAAUAUUAGUGUUAAAUGGAUGAUUUGGGCCUAAAUAAUUUGUUUUGUGCACUCAACUUUUGAACAGGAAUUUAUCAAGUAAUUCUGCUAAGAAGGAAUUGGGAUCAGCACUACUGUCUCUUUUGGGGAACUUAAAAGUUAGAUAUGUGACUUUGAAAGAAAAAAUACACAAAGGCAUACCACUGGAAGAGCUGCCCCCACUGUCACUAGAAUCAAAAUUAUUAUCUGCCUUCUCUACUUUUGCUUCCAGGCUAAUGAAAAAAGAAACACAUGUCUUUUCAGAAGCAGAUGCUGAACAAGAUGAUCAGAGGGCUCAUGAUGUUGAUGUUUCUUCGAACCUAAAAAAGACACUCUCUCAAAUGCCUUUAUCAUCUGACAAUAGUCAUGCUACACAAAACAUAUCACCCAAGAAAGAUGACUUUAAAAAUGGUGAUAUAAAUGCAGACUUUAGUCAACUGAAACUUGAUGAUAAAGACUGCAGACAUUACCAAGAGAUAAGUGAAGACUGGUCUGAUGCUAAAGAGAACCUGACAGGAGUUGACAUCUCAGGAACACAAGAAAAUCAAAUAGAACAAGACAAAUGGAAUUUGGAUCUUACAGUAGCAGAAAUGGAGAAUGUUGAACCCUCACAAAGAGAUAAAGGUUAUUUGAUACAUGUUGGUGGCCUCUGCCCUUCAGUAUCUGAGGCCGAUUUAAGGUCUCAUUUCCAAAAAUACCAAGUUUCUGAAAUUUCAAUUUAUGAGUCUUCUACUAAUUACAGAUAUGCAUCUCUUGCUUUUACAAAAAACAGCGAUGCAAAGAUAGCUGUGAAAGAAAUGAAUGGGAUAGAAAUAAAUGGAAAGUCAGUAAAUGUGCGGCAUGUUAAAAUUCUUGGAGAAUAUACAUCACCACUUUCCUCCAAAAAUGGGAAUAGAAUUAGUUCAAAUAAUUUAGAGAAAAGCACCAACAAACAAACCCACUCAGCCUUCUCCAUUUCUAGAUUGCCCAGAACUAGGCCACGGCAGCUGGGUUCUGAGCAAGACAGUGAGGUUUUCCCUUCCAACCAGUGUGUCAAGAAGAAUUGUAAGCAGAUUGAAUCUGCUAAAUUAUUACCUGAUACACCUGUUCAAUUCAUACCUCCAAAUACAUUGAACCUUCGUAGCUUUACCAAGAUCAUAAAGAGACUGGCUGAACUGCAUCCAGAAGUCAGCAGAGACUAUAUUAUAAAUACACUUCAGGAAGUGAGAAUAAGACAUAAAGGUGUUCUGAAUGGCUUAUCUAUUAAUACUAUCGUGGAGAUGACUUCAUCUCUUCUGAAAAACUCUGCUUCCAGUUGGGAAUUCAAAAAACAAUAAAGAGAACUUCCUUGGAAAGUGUGUUUCCUCCUUCAGAGAAUGUUCUACAGCACUUAGGAAAAAGUAGUAAUAACAAGAUGAUGUAAUUAAAUAGGCUCUAUAAAUGGGCUAAGCUGUUAAAAUAUUCUGCUUUAUAUCCCUCCUUUAAAAAUCUAGCAACAGUUGUCUAUACAAUAUUAAGAUCUUCUCUAUAUAUUUAAAGUUAAAAUAUAAUUUUAAUGUUUUUAAAUUUUUUAUUUCAAUUUUGUUACUUAGAACAUCAAGGUGCAUAUUUGUGAUCUAAAGAAAUUGUCUUGUCCAUUUUGAAAACCUUUAUUAAGUCACUUUUAAAAUGUAUUGACCAAGAAGGAGGUUUGUUGUUACAUCAAUGUUUGUGAAAUGAUUUCCAUACAUAAAAAAUGUAAUUUACCUGAA